GGUACCACAGAUUUAUGUUGCAGUCACCUCGGGGUUUUAAAUCAUUAAACUAUCGUCGUACAUCAAAGCCUCUUUACGAUGACAUUUGUACAAGAUGCCGUUUUUAGAGACUACAUUAUUAAACAUUCACUUCCUCAGAUUUACAAGGCUUUACUUGCUGGUUUAUGUGUCUCAUGCCCUGAAGAUCCUUUGCACUUUAUAGAGGAGAAAAUCCUGGCAAUUCUAAAGAAUCAAGAUUUUGAGAUAUACUGGGAUGCAUUCAUUGACAAAGACAAAAAAAUCUCCUCAUUGGCAGGAGGUCUUGUAUAUGAUAUUUUUGGAAAUCCAGAAGACAGUCUAUGUAUAUCACAUUUGUUGGAAAAAGCUUACUCCUGUUAUCAAAAAAAUCUGACUAAAAUGUGUUUCAUGGGAUGGAAGAGGUAUAUUUUAAAGAGGAAGGCCGAGGCUGUCAGGCUCCAGGAGAGGAUGGAGGAGGCUGAGAGAUAUCACAUACAGAGAAGGAUAAGAGUGGCUUUCAUCAAGUGGACUGAGUGGGUUCGAGUUCACAAACGGAAUCAGAAUGAUGCCGUGCAGAAGCUACAAAAAGUCCAGAAGUUUGUUUACUGCAGAAACAUCAUCAUGGCUUGGCGUCACACCGUUCAAGAUGCAACAAAAUUAAGGGAGUAUUUUAAGAAACUAGAGAGAGAUAUUCAAGAAAGUCAGAGCUCAGAGAUACCACAAGGUGAUGGACAGGACAGACUAUCGCUGCUGCCUAGCAAGCUCUCUCUUAAGAUCUUUCAAAGUUUAGGUGUGGGUGACCUCCUUAAAUGUGCUCAAGUGUGUCGUUCUUGGAAAGCGAUCACUCAGAUCAGUUCACUGUGGACUGAGAUAAACUUCUCACCUGAGAGCUGCUGGAUCACUGAUAAGAUUGUGGUGAAAUUACUGCGGGCGCAUCGUUUCUACGUGACCUCAUUGAACUUGUGUGGCUGCAGAUUGUUGCAGGGGUCAAGUCUGAGUUGCAUCUGCCAGUGCAAAAAUCUGCAGGAUCUUAAUCUCAGCAAAUGUCCAAAUGUUAAUGAUGAAAUUAUGAAGAAGAUAUUAGAGGGAUGUCCUUCUCUUCUCCAUAUUAAUUUGGCCUUUACAUCUAUUACCAAUGCUACUAUAAAAGUCCUUUCAAGGUGCUGUUUGACUCUACGCUCUCUGAAUCUUGCAUACUGCACAAACUUCUCAGAUGAAGGUCUACAGUAUCUGAUCACAGGGAAAGGCUGCCAUAGACUUACUCAACUAGAUCUCUCCGGCUGUUCUCAGAUAACAGUGGAUGGAUUUAGACAUGUUGCGGAUGCUUGUGGCUCACUUCAGCAGAUUGGGCUAGAUGACCUUCGCAACCUGACUGAUGUCUGUGUGCAGGCAUUGGUGGCUAAAUGUCAUAUGCUGACUGUGAUUUCCGUAUUGGACUCGCCAUAUCUCUCUGAUGUGGCAUUCAAAGCGAUUGCAGAGGUGAUCAGUCUCACUAAGUUCCAUAUUGAAGGUAAUAACCGAAUAGCGGACAGCAGCUGGAAGGCCCUGUGUCGCAGUUCUCCAAAACUCAGAGAGGUUCACGUGUCCGACUGCCCUCGAGUGUCUGACGUCAGCCUGAAGUAUUUAGGAAGUCUGACAAAGCUACGCAUCUUAAACAUCUCAGGCUGUAUCAAGGUGACAGAUACAGGGAUCCGUUACAUUACGGAUGGACCAUGUGCCAUUGAACUGCAAGAGCUUGAUCUUUCCAAUUGUCCAAAAGUUACCGACUUGUCCCUCAGGAGAAUAUCUCAGAGAUGUACAAAUCUGACUCAUCUGAGCGUAUGUUUCUGUGAGAACUUGACCGAUAAUGGGUUUGAGUUCUUGGGCAAAUGUGCUUCUCUUAUUGCUCUGGAUAUCACAGGCUGCAAAAUCCAUGACCAGGUAUCUCUCUACUUUGUGAUUUCCGUCUAUGUAUUUUUUCUUACUUCACUCAAUAUUGUUAUUGUAUCAAAAAUGUGUCCUUCACAGGGACUGGCAGCCUUGGGAUCUAACCGCAGUCUGAGAAAACUAACUGCAGCCGAGUGCGUCUUCAUAACAGAUAAUGGAAUAAAGAUGUUUUGCAGACAAUGUCGACAUCUGCAGUCGUUGGAUGCGAGUCACUGCGUGUCUCUAUCCGAUCGAGCAAUGAAAGCUCUUUCCUUCUUCUGCAAAACUAUUUCCACUGUCAAAAUAGCUGGAUGCCCUAAAAUGACGGAUACAGCAGUGAAAUAUCUCACAAGGACGGGUCACUUCCUCAGAGAACUGGACGUGAGUGGCUGUUGUCUCCUGACUGACCACACCCCUUCCUUUCUACUGUGCAGCUGUCCACACCUGCAGUCAGUCAGCAUGCUCUACUGCAAGAACAUCUCAAAGCAGGCCGCUUUGAAGUUACAACGCCGUGUCCAACAGUGGAAACACAGUGAUAAUGGCGCCCCCUACAGUCUGGAAUAAUACCCACACCUUAGCAUUACACUAAAAGUGUGAAACUUGUUGUGACACUUUUAAACUGUAGUUUUUCGGUUAGAAAAUACUGAAUGUAAGCAGAGCACAUAGUUAUAGUUUUUUCAUUCCUUAAAUUUGUAAAACAUAGGGUCAGUUUCCCGGACUGGGUUUAGAUUAAUCCAAGGCUAGGCCUUAGUUAUAUUAGGACAUUUAAGUAGUUAAAAAAAAUAUUACUGACACAAAACAAUGGCACUUAUAUGUGUUAUGUCAGUACAAGCUGUUUUCGGUUAAGACACAACUCAAACAUUCAUUUUAGUCUUGGACUAGACUUAAGCCCUGUCUGAGAAACCACCCCUUAGUGUGUUUAUUAUACCAGGGAUUCCCAAACUUUCAUUUCGCGACCCACUUAAAUAGGUAUAAUCUAUCACAGGACACACCAACGUAUUUUUAAAUAGAAAUAUGAUG